CCGCCGCACUUUGAUAAUUCCGCCUCUUUCUAGCUCUUAACGGAUUUCUCAAAGAGCUUCAGUACUUGAAAACCCACAAAACUCCCACAUUGCCUCUUCCAUUAUAUCCUCCUCAUCUCAGAUCUUCUUCCCCGUGCCUUAGAUUUCGCACUUGUUUCCUCUCAUUCUUCACUUACCAGGAAACAAAAUGCAGUCCUCGUUUUCGCUCUCCUGCUCUCAGGCCACUACAGUUCCCAGAUCAAAUUACACCUUCGAUUCCCUCCCUUUUGCUCCCUCCAAGCCUAUAAAUCUCCGUUUCUGUGGUCUGAGAAGGGAGGCCUUGGGCUUCUCUUCUCUUUCUCGGUCUCACUUUCGGCGAGGACUUCAGCUUCAUACUCCAACUCGCUCAAAAAGAAUUUCAGCUUCCCUUGUUGAUAAUGGAAGCCCUCCAAAGUCGUUUGAUUACGAUCUGAUCAUUAUCGGAGCUGGUGUUGGUGGUCAUGGAGCUGCACUUCAUGCCGUCGAAAAGGGCCUAAAGACUGCUAUCAUUGAGGGAGAUGUGGUGGGAGGCACAUGUGUAAACAGGGGAUGUGUUCCUUCAAAGGCUCUUUUGGCUGUCAGUGGUAGGAUGCGUGAACUUCAGAGUGAGCAUCAUAUGAAAGCUUUAGGUCUGCAGGUUUCAGCAGCUGGCUAUGACAGACAGGGAGUUGCUGAUCAUGCAAAUAACCUUGCUUCAAAAAUUCGUAACAAUUUAACAAAUUCAUUGAAGGCACUAGGUGUGGACAUAUUGACUGGUGUUGGCACAAUUUUGGGCCCACAAAAGGUGAAAUAUGGGAAAGCUGGUUUUCCUGACAACAUAGUGACUGCAAAAGAUAUAAUUAUAGCUACUGGUUCUGUUCCUUUUGUCCCCAAGGGUGUUGAAGUUGAUGGGAAGACUGUAAUUACAAGUGACCAUGCACUCAAACUGGAGUUUGUUCCUGAUUGGAUUGUAAUUGUAGGAAGCGGUUAUAUUGGUCUAGAAUUUAGUGAUGUAUAUACUGCACUUGGAAGUGAGGUCACCUUUGUUGAAGCUCUAGAUCAGCUUAUGCCUGGCUUUGAUCCUGAGAUUGGGAAGUUGGCUCAAAGAGUACUAAUAAAUCCAAGGAAAAUUGACUAUCAUACUGGAGUAUUUGCAAGCAAGAUCACUCCAGCAAAGGAUGGGAAACCUGUCACUAUUGAGCUUAUUGAUGCGAAAACCAAGGAACAAAAAGAUACUUUGGAGGUAGAUGCAGCUUUAAUUGCAACUGGAAGGGCUCCGUUCACAAAUGGUCUUGGCUUGGAGAAUAUCAAUGUGGUGACGCAACGUGGUUUUGUCCCUGUCGAUGAGCGUAUGCGUGUUAUUGAUGCUGAUGGAAAUCUGGUACCUCACUUGUAUUGUAUUGGUGAUGCAAAUGGUAAAAUGAUGCUUGCUCAUGCAGCCAGCGCACAAGGAAUUUCAGUGGUUGAACAAAUCACCGGAAGAGAUCAUGUGCUAAAUCAUUUAAGCAUUCCAGCAGCUUGUUUCACUCAUCCUGAAAUCAGUAUGGUUGGAUUGACAGAGCCUCAAGCAAGGGAGAAAGGUGAAACAGAAGCAUUUGAAGUAAGUGUUGCCAAGACAAGUUUUAAGGCCAACACAAAGGCCCUUGCAGAAAAUGAAGGAGAGGGGCUUGCUAAGUUGAUAUACAGACCUGAUACUGGAGAGAUACUCGGAGUUCAUAUUUUUGGGUUGCAUGCUGCUGAUCUCAUUCAUGAAGCAUCCAAUGCUAUUGCUCUGGGGACCCGUAUUCAGGAUAUAAAAUUUGCUGUUCAUGCACAUCCAACUCUGUCUGAAGUCCUUGAUGAACUUUUUAAAUCAGCAAAGCUGAAGACAGCACCAUCCAUGUACAAGCUAGUGACCGAAGUUUUUAAUUUAUGGGGCAGGUUGAAGCUCAUGUUUCAAGCCAGGUGAGUGAACCAGUUGCAGUCUAGGCAUCUCAGUACUAAUAGUACAAAAUUUUGAAGAAAUUUGCUUGUGUUAAAAAGUGCCAAGGAACUAUAUGCUCCUAGACUGGAGAAGUCAACAAAUAUGUUCUGCUAUUAGAAGAAACAUCUUAAAAAAAUUUUACGAUUUUCUUGGAAGUCGGUGGGAUGGGAAUAUCUUUUGGGUGUUGCAUUGGUUUCUUGAGCUUGUUGUAAAUCUGUUUAAAUACCAGUCCAUAGGUAUUUAAGUGUAAGAUGAAUUUUAUGCUAUAAUUUGGACAAUGACUCCACAUGAGUUCGUAAUAGAGUUCAGCAUUCUGAUGUUA